CGGCAGUAUUUCCACCUGCCUCUUGACUCCAAGUGAUGUUUGCAAAGACUCCAUUCCUGUCUGUGGUACAAGGUGGAGAAGAAUUCAAGCAACAUUUCAAGGGUCCUUGCUCUUUGGGCUGGCUAUUUUGCUGCAGGUGCAGCUUGGCUUUGCCCACAAACUUGUGUGUUACUUCACUAACUGGUCCCAGUACAGACCAGACCCAGCCAGAUACUUUCCUGAAAACAUUGAUCCAAAUCUCUGUACUCAUUUGAUUUAUGCCUUUGCCACCAUGAAUCAACAUAAGAUUGCACCUUAUGAAUGGAAUGAUGAAGAUAGGCUCUUCCCAGCGUUUCAAGCACUGAAGAAAAGCAAUCCCAAUCUUGUCACGCUGCUAGCAAUUGGAGGCUGGAAUUUUGGCACUCAGAAGUUCACUGAAAUGGUUGCCACAGCUGCCAAUCGUAAAAUCUUCAUCGAUUCGGUGAUAGAAUAUCUCUGUAAGUUUGGCUUUGAUGGGAUCGACCUGGACUUUGAAUACCCAGGAUCUAGGGGCAGCCCUCCUGAAGACAAGCAUCGCUUCACCAUCCUAGUUCAGGAAAUGUUGGCUGCUUUUGAGAGCAAUAAAUGUGAAGGGAAGAGGUUUUUAAUCACAGCAGCGGUGUCUGCUGGCAAAGGAACCAUUGAUGCAGGAUAUGAAAUUGCUGAGAUAGGAAAAGUUUUAGAUUUCAUCAGUGUAAUGACAUAUGACUUCCAUGGAGGCUGGGAUACUUUCACAGGACACAACAGCCCCUUGUAUGUUGGAUCCAAAGACCAGGGCGAUUUCAAGUAUUUCAACUGUGAUUAUGCUAUGAAAUACUGGAGAGACAAUGGCGUCCCAGCUGAGAAGCUUCUGAUGGGAUUCCCCACCUAUGGACGCACCUUCAGGCUUACUACCUCAGACACUUCUGUUGGUGCACCUGCCUCUGGUGCUGGCUCAUCUGGACCUUACACCCGUGAGGCAGGCUUCUGGGCUUAUUAUGAGAUCUGCACAUUUUUAAAGUCUGCCACGGUAAAAUGGAUAGAUGACCAGAAAGUUCCGUAUUCCUACCAGGGGAAUGAAUGGAUUGGAUACGACAACAUUUGCAGCUACAAACACAAAGUCAAGUACGUGAAAGAGAACAAUUUUGGAGGUGCCAUGGUUUGGGCCAUCGAUCUGGAUGAUUUUCUGGGCACUUUCUGCAAUGAAGGAAAAAAUCCUUUAAUCUCUGAGCUGAAAAGACUUCUUGAAUCAAAUGAGCCCAUUGUGCCAGACUGCCCUGGGGAAGGGCCUGAUCCUCCUCCUCCAGAUACCCCUACCACACCAACAGAGCCUGAUCCUGAAAAGCCAACUCCUUCCCCAGAUACCACUACUACAACAACAAAGCCUGGGAACUUUUGUGCAAACCAGCCAGAUGGCACCUAUGCGGACCCAGAAGACAGGACCAAAUUCUAUAUAUGUUCUAACAAGCAGACGUUCAGCUUCAGCUGUUCAGCUGGCUUAGUAUUUGAUGAUAGCUGCAAGUGCUGCAACUUCCCUUAAAUAUCAGCUGAUGGUUUCCAGCAAAGAGAAAUGAUUAAGGGAGCAAUUCCAUGCAUGUUUAGACAGAAAAACAUCCUACAACUCCCAAUUCCCUAACCAGCAUGGCUAGCUGGGGCUUGCUGGGAGUUGUAUGGCAUUUUUCUAUCUAAACAUAGGUUUGUAUCCUAAAAUUAUGUAGCUUUGUGGCCCACAGCAGGCCAUUUUCUUCACAUAUCAUAAGAAUUGGGUAUUUCCUCUU